AUGGCCUCCUCAUCACGCACCCAGCUCCAGCCGCUCACGAGCGAGCAGCAAGAACUCAUCAUCAAGCAGCGCAUGCAGGUCGACGAACGCACGCUCCGCCGACUUGUCAAAAAGCUCACCCUGCUCCUUGCAAGCAAAGACGCCGAAUCCGUCUCGUCCUCCCGCCUAUCAUUCAAAGCCGACUUGGAGGCCUUCCGUUUGCAGCUGCUGCGGCUCUCGUCCAUCGCGCACGGCACGUGCCAGGUCGAGGUUGCGAGCUACGCGGCAGAGCUCUCGGAGAUCGAGGCUGAGCAGCAACAAACGCAGGGACGGAUCGAUGCGCUCAAGCAGAAGCUGCAGGACGUGCGGCGCGAGAGGAAGAACAAGCUGGAGUACGACGUGGUUGCGGGCGAGAUUGUGAAGCUGCCAACGAGGAAGGAGUUGGAGGAGUCGUUGGGUCGGCUGAGCGAUCAGUUGCAUGGCGUCAAGGCGGAGAGGGAGAAGUAUGUCGAUCUAUCCAAGCGUGCAGCGCAGAGGAUGGGCGUAGUGAUUGAGGGACUGGGCGAGCUGCGGAAUGAUGUAGGCGAGGAAGUGGGUGAAAGGGAGAGGCGGGAGGUGGAGCGCGCGGACGGUGAUGCCGACGAUACAGCAGCUGCCGGCGGAGCAGUCGCGAUCGGCGACGAUGUGUCCGAAAGCGGUGCAGGAGCACGCAAGUCUCGGAGCAGAAAGCUCUCGGACGAACCAGAAGAAGGCGAGGAGGCGGAGGAAGGCGAGCAAGACAGCGCAGCUGCUGUCAGCAGAAGCGGCAGCUCCACUCCGCGAAGACCCGCCGCCGCACUCGAAGAAACUGUUCCGGCACUCAAUCCCGCCGCACCGACGUUCCGACCGACGCUCACUGCUGGUACAGCGACGCGGCGCAAACGCGACUCGACCGCCGUCACAGGCUCGGACGAGGAGGGCGAGGUCGGAGACGGCAGUUCAGCAGCGGCGACCGCGUCGAACAGCAAUACUCCGAGGAAGCGGCAGAGGACUGAGGAGGGGGAAGUCGGCGCCGCGGGCGAGAGCGAGGAGGAAGAGGGGAGCAUUCAGCCGUCUGCUGCUGCGCCGGUGGUAGUUGAGGGUAGGCCCAUUGCUCGAGCGGGGACCAAGCGUCGACGAUGA